UGUCGGCGAAGGGUUCUACUGCCAACUUCACUUGUAAAAAAUUUUUUGACGACAGCAAUUUUUCGUCAAUCAUUUUUAUUCUACAAAUAGUUUUGCAUUUUUUGUAAAUUUCAUUUAAUUUUUUAAGAUUACGUUUUUGUUGCAACCUAAAUAUAGAAAACAAGUAUUAAAUACAAAUCAAUUUAAAGCAAUUAACAACGAGUAAAACCUAAAACGUGUGCAGUGAACCAAAACUACCGAAAUUAAAAUAAAAAAGUCUUGCAAUUUUUUCCUAUCAGUUCCAAAACUUGUGUCAUAUAUUCGAUUGUGUGUGAAAUAAAACGAAGUGAACGAUAAGUGAAAUAACAAAACAAGAAAUAAAUUCCGUAACACAGUUGAAAACAGUUUCAAAAUAGGUGAAAAAAUGGUAGAUAAAUUUAUAAAUAUGUGGAAAGUGCGUGAAUUGGCUGACAAAGUCACAAAUGUAGUUAUGAAUUAUACCGAAAUCGAGGGCAAAGUAAGAGAAGCCACUAACGAUGACCCGUGGGGUCCAACGGGGCCUUUAAUGCAAGAAUUGGCUCAUGCAACGUUUUCCUAUGAAACAUUUCCCGAAGUAAUGUCAAUGUUAUGGAAACGUAUGCUAACAGACAACAAAACUAAUUGGCGUAGAACGUAUAAGAGUUUACUAUUGCUAAAUUAUUUGGUACGCAAUGGUUCUGAACGAGUGGUCACCUCAUCAAGGGAACAUAUUUACGAUUUGCGUUCAUUGGAAAAUUACACUUUUACAGAUGAAGGCGGCAAAGAUCAGGGCAUUAAUGUUAGACAUAAGGUAAGAGAACUUAUAGACUUUAUACAAGAUGACGAUCGUUUACGUGAGGAACGUAAAAAGGCUAAGAAAAAUAAAGAUAAAUAUAUUGGCAUGAGCAGUGAUGCCAUGGGUAUGCGCAGCAGCGGUGGCGGCUAUAGUGGUGGCGGUGGUGGCUACAAUGAUGGUGGCUGGAGAACUUCACGUAGUGAUCAUGGUGAUAAUUGGUAUUCCGAUUCACGUUCCGCGGAUCGUUAUGAAGACGAUGAUGCUCAAUAUGAGGGUGAAAAGGAAUUCUCAGAUAGUGAUUCACCGAGUCCUAGAAGAAACUAUCGUUACAAUGACCGAGCCAGUCCUGCAGACAUUGCGACCGAGGUCAAGCCAUCGGGCAAUAUAAACAUGAACAUACGUCCUAAAUCAGCAUCGUCAACAUCAUCGAUAACCAUGUCAACGGGUCCAGUUACAAAGCAACCAAGCCAACACAAACCAUCGGUCGGUAGUAAAAAAAUCGAUAUGGGUGCUGCUGCUAAUUUUGGCAAAACAUCGACUGUACCAUCGAAUGCGGCCGGCAUACAUUCACCCACCCAUCGCGAUACACCUGGUGAAGGCAAUAAUGAUUUAAUAGGCUAUUCCCCCAUUAACAAUAAUACCAUGGGCAUAUCAUCGUCACACGAAAGCAAUACUACAAAUUCAACAACCACCAACGUUAAUAACAACAACGCGCUCGACAGUCUAUUUAAGACCUGCUCGCCUAAAAGUGAAAAGACUCUUAAUAGCGCUGCUAUCAAUGAUGAUUUGGAUGACUUUAAUCCAAGAGCUGCUGAGCAGCAGCAAAAUGAAUUUGGCGAUUUUGCCUCUGCAUUCGGUGGUGUCUCAGCUGAGCCUCCCUCGGCUAGUCUAACAGGCAUCGCUGCAUCUACAAACGAUGAUUUCGCUGAUUUUUCUGCAUUCCAAGGUAGUUCCAGUACAAGCAAUAGUGCAGCUUUAACAUCCAGUAUGGGAGGUUUGGAAGGUAAUUUGUUGACUACAGCUACACCAGCCAAUGACGCAUUUGAUUUGUUUAAUUCCUCUCCGGCUGCUGUUCAUUCCACAAAUACUACAACAACUCUGGGUGCUACCACAGCUACAGAUCUUCUGGCUGGUCUAGGAGAUCUAUCGAUACAUCAAAGUAUGCCAAUGGACAAUAUACUUCCACCAAUUGCCUCAACAGGUAAUACUCUUUUACAACCCGUCAGUGCUAAUAAUAAUACACAACAAUCAUCAUUAAACAACGCCGAUGGAACUACAUCAACUAACAAUAAUAGUGCGUCUACACAAGUCGGUGCUACCUGGGCUGAUAAUUUAAAAGCGGGCAAUUUGAAACUUGACCUAGAUAAUUUAUUAUCUGGCAAGACAAAUAAAACGAAUGCACCGGCACCCUCCAUGAAUGCGCUAAAAGUGCAAAGUCCCAAUGUAACAACACAACAAAUCACAAAUAUCCAACAAGUGCCACUGUCUAUACAAACGCCUGUUAUGGGCAAUUUUGCUGCAUUUGGUGCCCAAACGACUACUCCACGCAUUUCUCCCGGUUUGGGUAGUGCUGCUUUAGUUGGUGGUGGCGCCCCCACAUUUUUCAAUACAACAUCACCAAACAUUCCAUCACAACCACAACAACAAUCACAAUUUGCUAAUUUUAAUCAAAUGAGUAACAUGAUGCAACCACAAAAGGGAUUUGUUAACAAUAACAAUAAUAACAACAAUAAUUUGCAAUCCUUUGAUUUGUUUCAAUGAUAUCUAGUGGCUUAAACUUUUUCUUUUCAUUUUUUUCCGUAUUAAUAACUUGUUUUUUUUUAUUAAUUUAAAUUGCAAAUGCAAAAAAAAUAUAUAUUAUAGUUAUUAUUGUUUUUUCCAUGUAUUUUUUUAUAAUAUAAAUUUAACUUUAAAAUUCCUCUUUAUUUUGCAAUCUUUACUAUGUUCCCAAUCAAUUUAUUUAGCAAAUAUAUAAUUUACAAUUACAAAAAUAUAAUAUAUAUAUAAAUAAUACAUAUUAUGAAUGAAUUAUUAUUAUUAUAUUAGUAUUAAUAUACAAAAAAAAAAUGAUUUUUUAAACAAUUUAAUAUAAAGUGAAAUUGUUGGUUUUUUUAUUCGUUUUAGAUUCGCUUUUUAAACUAAUAUUUUUAAUAGAAAUUUUGAUUUUUCUAGUAAUUUUCAGUUGAGUAAAUCUUAGAUAUGUUUUUUAGAGGUCAUCUUUAUAUAAAAUUUACUUUCAUUCAGUGGAAUUUUAGAAAAAUAUUUUUGUCAUUAAAUGAUCGGAAUUUCAGUUAUUAAGAUAUGCAUUUUAACUGACAUAAGAACGAAAGGAAUUUGAUACCUAUAUAUGAAUUAUUACUUUACGCUGGACAAAAAUACGACUAAUAAGUACAUUAUAUCGCCUCACUUUGUAUGGAAAUUGUGUGUCUCAAUAUUUACCUUCCUUUGUUUUAUGAUGAUUUCCAAAAUAGUCUUGUCGUUCGCGAAUCGAACCGAUUUCAAUAUAUUUAGGUCUAUAAAACAUGUGUCCUACAAAUGUUUUUUUAUAUAAAUGUCAAUUUAGAUGAGAAAUAUUUUAACGUCUACUAUCUGAAGCUGGUUUAAUUUUUCAAUGCUGUGAUUUAUUUAAAAGUUAUUUAAAAAAAAAGUUAUUCACCCUUAUACUGCAUUUCGAUUUCGUUUCAGCAUUCAGUUACGCUACGAUCGAAAAUAGGUAUUCUAACAAAAAAUGAAAUCGUAAGAAAAAGAAGAAGCAAUUCCAUUUUAUUUCAAUGUUUAACGAUUGUGUGUAUUUUGUAAGUUGUUAUUUUAGUGAAGAAGCUUCGAAUCGAAUUGCAGAAUACCAAUGUUGGCAAACGGAAAAAAUUUCGAUUCGAAUUGAAAUGCAGAAUAGGGGUGACUAAACAUUUAAAGCCAUUUAUCUCGAAACGAAUUUUUUGGAACAAUGCCAGUCUUGUAUAAACUCUUAUAUUCUGCAAUUCAAUUCGAAUCGAUUUGACACUACGUCGCUAAAACAUACAAAACGUAGCUACGAUUGUAAUGCAGUAAACACAACAAUCGUAAAACAUUUAAAUGAAAUGGAUUUGUUUCUUCCUUUUUUUCCAUUCUUUUUUUUUUUUGGUGGAAUGCCUCUUUUCAAUCGUUGGUGAAAUGAAAUGGAAAGGCCGAAUAGCAGUAAUACGCUAACGGUCGUUGUGUAACUAAAUGCUUAAAAACAAUCGAGUUUUAGAAUAGGAAAAAUAACUAAAAAUAUGUUUUUUUUUUAUCGUUAACAUAAUGGAAAUAUUCCAGGAAUUACAUUUAAACAAAGGUUUUUUGAAGCCGAUUAAAAUUGGAUACGAUUAAUAAUACUACUUAUUUGUCGUCGACAACAACGUCUAAUUAAUAGACUAAAUGAAACAUUACUUAGAAUUUGUAUUCUUAUCCAAGAUGCAUGAUAUCGUACGAUAUCGUAGUUCAAGAUUUGAUAAAUAAAAAUUAUGAAUGAAGACAUAGGAAUGAGUUUAUUUUGGAAAAUUAUUCAUGAAUUUUAAUUUUAAAAAUUUUGUUAAACAAAUUAAAAACAUUUUUGUAAAUAAGAUUUAUUUAGAGCUUUUAAUCAACAGUAAAUUUGUAAUUCGGACUAAGUAGUGUUAAUAGAUGUGUCUGUAACAAUUGAGGUGUAAGUUAAACUCGGUAUCUUCCUUCCAUCAUGAUAAAUACUACAAUAGUUACUGAAAACCCGACAGAUCUACGUACAUUUUGCUUAGGUAAAAAUCCGAUCAAUAAAGGCCGACAGUCUUAUACAGGCAAGCAACAUGGUGUUAUAACUGUGACACGGUGCUCGCUAAUUAUUUCUAAUUAAAUUUUAAAUUCAACAUAUUUAGAAGAAGCCUUUGUUGUUAUUUUAUUAAAUUAAAUUUGUUUUUAUUUUCCUAAUUGUAUAAAAUUAUACUACUAUAAAUUAUCAAAUAUAAUUUCUAUACAUUUCCCUAAUGUACGAGUAUACUAAGAGUUUUUAAACCGAUAAACAUAUUUGAAUUUAUCAUGAAUUAUUCUUAAAAGAUAAAAUAAACAUUAAAAUGAAAUCAUGUCAUAGACAAAGAAAAAAUGUAAAGAUCGAAAUAAUUAAAAUAAAUUAAAUUGUCAGUUAAGUGAUUCGAAUUUGAUGAAGUCCCUGAUUUAUUUUAAUAAUGUAACAUAUAAUGCAUAUUUUAUUAAUGGUAAUUUUUGAAAAUAUUAUCAUAUAAUUAAAUUAAUAUUACAAUAUACAUAUUUACAAAUAAUAAAAAAUAACAAUUAAAACAAUAUUACUACGUAGUCAUUUGUAAUUAAUUAGUAAUUUAAAAUAAUAUGUAAUUGUAGUUAUGUAUGUGUAUAAAUCAAGGUUGUAAAUGUGUUUUAAAAUACUAUGGUUUAAUUUAAAAGACUCACUUUUACUUGUGGGCAGGUUUAAUGAAAAUAUGUAAGUUUCACUAAUAAAAUCGAAAUUAAUGAAUAGA